UACAACUAGAUCACCCCAAGUACCAGUAAGUGGGUGGGCUAAAGGUCGGAGAGAGACAGAGAGAAAAAAGCAAAAGGGAGAAAAAUGAAAAUGAUGCAAGACGAAACCCGAAAGGGUCCAUGGACAGAACAGGAGGACAUUCUACUGAUCAACUUCGUGAACUUAUUUGGAGAUCGACGAUGGGAUUUUAUAGCAAAAGUAUCAGGUUUGAACAGAACAGGAAAAAGUUGCAGGUUGCGAUGGGUUAAUUAUCUCCACCCUGGUCUUAAAAGAGGAAAGAUGACACCUCAAGAAGAAAGACUUGUCCUGGAACUUCACGCCAGAUGGGGAAAUAGGUGGUCAAGAAUUGCUCGCAAAUUACCGGGGCGAACUGAUAAUGAAAUAAAGAACUAUUGGAGGACUCAUACGCGAAAGAAGGCUCAAGAAAGGAAAAGCGUCGUGUCCCCUUCACUGUCAUCUUCAAACUGUUCCUCUUCAUCAAAUAUCACUACAGUGAAUUCAUCAUCUUCUCCGGGAACUGGAGAAGCAAGUUUUUAUGACACAGGGGGGCUUGAACAAGUUGCUUCAGCAGGAAAAAACGGAGAGGCAGUGCAAGGGGGUGAAAAGGGAUACUCGAUGGAUGACAUAUGGAGAGACAUUGAAAACACUAUUGAACCAGUUUGUGAUGGGUUUAGUGAAGAAGGUUGCAAUUUUUCUUAUCCUUCGUUGGCUUCUCCAUUGUGGGAAUAUUGCCCAGACAUGCUUUGGAGUAUUUCUGUUGAAGAGAGCAAGAUGUUUCUCCCUUGCGACGACGGCACAAUGCUUUUGACAGGCUAAUCAGAAAUUCUUUAAUUAAAUUUGUCCAUGUAUGUGAUAUUUCUCCGAGGAAACUCUCACCUGUAUAGCAUGAGUUUUCUCCAAGCUAUCUUAUGGGUAACCUGUCCCAAGUGUUUUGUGUGUUUUCACUUUCAGCUAGGAAAAGAUAACCCUGUCAAAUCUUCUAUGAGGAGAUUAUCAUGUUCAACAAUGUAUAAUAUAGACCUUUAAGCAUCAAUUUCGAAUUCCGAGUU